CUCUCUCUCUCUCUCUCUGUUUCACACUUGGGAGAGAUGGCUGUCUUCUCCACCAUCCCAAACACAUCUGUGUCUUCCCCCCACUUCUUCCUCUUUUUCCCCCUCCGCCUCCGCUUCUUCCCCUCCAAUAUUACCAUCAUCAACCUCUUCUCCUUCCUCUUUUGUAUUAUUCUAUACGUCCAUUUAUAAGCUUCCCUCUCUCUCUCUCUCUCUCUCUCACAUUUAUAUAUAUAUAUAUAUGCAUACAUAUUUACAUAAGCCAACUAUCUUUUCUUGAUCUCUAUCUCACUUUCGUUUGAGAUCGCGUUGCGAUGGCGGGCGCGGCGGUGGCCUCGCCCCUCUGCACGCGGCUAGCCGCGGCGGCGUGCAUGUCCUCAUCCGCCGAGUGCGACCGCCGCCGCGCCGCGGGGACCAGGCGGAGGCGGCGGACGACGGCGACGGCGGAGAUUCGGCCCCCGCUGGAUUCCGACAUCUGCCGGUUCGGGAUCCAGGGCCCGAUGGGCUCCUGCCCCGCCUUCGAGGCCGCGCCUUCCCUCGGGUUGUCGAAGGCGGAGGCCAAUCGACGGCGGCGGAGGACAGCCUGUGGAAAAGCAAUGGCGGUUGCCUUGGAGCCAGCUAAGGAACUCGCAGUGAAUAAGAAAAGGCAAAUGAAACAGAGGAGGGUUGUUGUGACCGGCAUGGGUGUGGUCACUCCUCUAGGCCAUGAUCCAGAUAUCUUCUACAAUAACCUCCUCGAGGGUGUUAGUGGCGUAAGCGAAAUAGAAACGUUCGACUGCUCCAAUUAUCCAACGAGAAUCGCAGGGGAAAUUAAAUCUUUCUCUGCCGAUGGGUGGGUGGCACCUAAACUAGCAAAGCGCAUGGACAAGUUUAUGCUUUACAUGCUUACUGCUGGGAAAAAAGCAUUGGAAGAUGGUGGAGUUACAGAAGAGGUCAUGAACCAGUUUGAGAAAACAAGAUGUGGUGUUCUAAUUGGGUCUGCAAUUGGUGGGAUGAAGGUCUUCAAUGAUGCCAUUGAAGCUUUGAGAGUCUCAUACAAGAAGAUGAACCCCUUCUGUGUACCCUUUGCAACCACAAAUAUGGGAUCUGCAAUGCUUGCGAUGGAUCUGGGUUGGAUGGGUCCAAACUAUUCAAUUUCAACUGCAUGUGCAACUAGCAACUUCUGCAUUCUGAAUGCAGCAAACCAUAUUAUACGAGGUGAAGCUGAUGUGAUGCUUUGUGGUGGUUCUGAUUCAGCGAUCAUACCCAUUGGAUUAGGUGGUUUCGUGGCAUGCAGAGCACUUUCACAAAGAAACAAUGAUCCGACAAAAGCUUCGCGCCCGUGGGAUAUUGAUCGUGAUGGAUUUGUAAUGGGGGAAGGGGCUGGUGUGCUACUGUUGGAAGAGCUAAGCCAUGCUAAGCAAAGAGGAGCACAAAUCUAUGCAGAGUUUCUAGGAGGAAGUUUCACCUGUGAUGCCUACCACAUGACCGAGCCACACCCCGAAGGGACAGGUGUUGUUCUUUGCAUUGACAAGGCACUAUCAGAUUCAGGGGUAUCCAGAGAGGAUGUUAACUAUGUAAAUGCUCAUGCAACUUCAACACCUUCCGGUGAUUUAAAAGAAUUCCAAGCUCUUAUUCGUAGUUUCGGCAAUAACCCUGAGUUGAGAGUGAAUUCAACGAAAUCCAUGACCGGUCACCUAUUGGGUGCUGCUGGCACAGUGGAGGCUGUUGCUGUUGUCCAGGCUAUUCGAACAGGGUGGGUUCAUCCAAAUAUUAAUCUGGACAAUCCUGAGGAAAGUGUGGAUGCGAGUGUACUGGUGGGUGCAAAAAAGGAAAGAUUGGAUGUGAAGGUAGCGCUAUCAAAUUCCUUCGGCUUUGGUGGGCAUAACUCGUCCAUCCUGUUUGCGCCGUACGAGGAAUAGCAUUUCGGAUUUGCAAAGUUAGGAAGAAUCCAAGCGUAUGUAUGUUCUCGCUGCCUCGCUCGCUCGCUCGCUCUUCCUGAUGAGACGGACGUCCUCACAUUCGAGUAGUUGGUAUAUGCAUUUCGGAUUUGGUGGGCAUAACUAGCAACGCUGACAGUUUAUAAACCACGUUGGAUCUGUAAACUUUCAAUUGACAUCAUCAGAGAGGGUAGCUCUCUCAUGAUGCAGGGUUUUGUAAAUUUUCAUUCGAUGUUGUUCAUUCCCAUGGCCUUCACGUUGAUCCACCAUAUCAUUCCUUCA